AGCGGUUCGGGGUCACGUGACAGUAAAUGCACACAGUGUCGAACCUGUAUGUCCACAUCAUCUCUGCGGAAGAUCAUGAACCUUUAUAUCGCAGAGUAAGCUUAUUAGACACAUAUCGGAAUGAGAGCAGAUUUGACGCUUCUGCUCGUCUGUUUGCUGCUGCCUGCAGUCAGAGGCACAUUAUCAAAGACCGAUGGCAAGAAAGCCAGUAAGAUCCAGGAGGCGGAGACGGCAAGACGGCAUCGUCCGGUGCAGGAGCGCGGUCUGGCGGUGACGGAGCCUCAGUGGCGGGACAUAGUGAGAGAGGAGAAGAGGUUCUGUCCCCAGUGUGUGUCCACACGACACUUUAGAGGAGCUGUGCUGGGAUACAUCACACCUGUGAGUCACACAGCAUCUAUCUAUCGUUUUCGAUUGGCUGUGAUGCUGUUGUGUUUCAGGCCGGGUCCGAGCGCUCCGCUGCCCUGGGUCAGAGAGUGUGUGCUGCAGCUCGCGCCUCACAGCCAGUGGAGACACAAGAUCCUGCUGGGAAUCAACAUGUACGGACUGGACUUCAGCAGCCACGGCGGAGCGGAGCCGCUACUGGGCACGAGAUGA